UCCACCAGUCUCCGCUCAGUAUCCUCCAUCCCUUUCUGCCAAUCCCUCCACUGGCCUCCAUUCAGUGUCCUCCCAAACCCCCCUCUCUGCCAAUCCCUCCACUGGCCUCCACUCAGUGUCCUCACACCCCUCUCUGCAAAUCCCUCCACUGACCUCCACUCAGUGUCCUCCAUCCCUCUCUGCCAAUCCCUCUACCAGCCUCCACUCAGUGUCCUCCACCCCUCUCUGCCAAUCCCUCUACUGGCCUCCAUUCAUGUCCUCCAUCCCUCUCUGCCAAUCCCUCCACUAGCCUCCAUUCAGUGUCCUCCACCCCUCUCUGCCAAUCCCUCCACCAGCCUCCAUGCUCAGUGUCCUCCAUCCCUUUCUGCCAAUCCCUCCACUAGCCUCCACUCAGUGUCCUCCACCCCUCUCUUCCAAUCCUUCCACUGGCCUCCACUCAGUGUCCUCCAUCCCUCUCUGCCAAUCACUCCACUGGCCUCCACUCAGUGUCCUGCACUCUUCUCUACCAAUUCCUCCACUAGUAUCCAUUCAGUGUCCUCCACCCCUCUCUGCCAAUCCCUCCACUGACCUCCAUUCAGUGUCCUCCACCCCUCUCUGCCAAUCACUCCACCAGCCUCCACUCAGUGUCCUCCACCAGCCUCCACUCAGUGUCCUGCACUCUUCUCUACCAAUCCCUCCACUGGCUUCCAUUCAGUGUCCUCCACCCCUCUCUGCCAUAUCCUCUACCAGCGUCUGCUCAGUGUCCUCCACCCCUCUCUGCCAUUUCCUCUACCAGCGUCUGCUCAGUGUCCUCCACCCCUCUCUUUCAAUCCCUCCACUGGCUUCUGCUCACCCAACAAA